AUGUCCCAACACGGUCCGAUGGUCUCCGGACCGAACGGACCCAUGGUGUCCAUGCCCAGUGGCAUGAACUCGGGCCCAAGCUGUACCAUGUCGGGUCCUAUGGGACCUAAUGGUCCCAUGGGAGGGCCGAUGGGUCCGGGACCAAUGGGGCCUAACGGGCCGAUGGGCGGACCUAUGGGUGGAAUGGGAUCGGGUAUGGGCAUGGGUGGCCACGGUUCGAUGGGGCCUAAUGGUAUGAUGGGACCUAACGGGCCUAUGAUGUCUGCGAUGGGGCCUAAUGGACCGAUGGGGCCUAUGGGUCCUUGUGGGAUGAAGGGAAUACGAGCGUGUGGAGACAUGAAGUCUGCGAUGUGUAAUGAUAUGCACAUGGGCAGAGGGUGUGGCGGGCCUAUGGGGCGUAUGCCUAACCCCAUGGGAGGUAUGGGAGGACCCAAGCCAUGUAUGAUGGGGGGACCUCACAUGGGACCUAGAAUGAUGCCUGGGCCUAAUUUAUCAGCUAUGAAUGGUGGGAUGAUGAUGGAAAGUGGCAUGAUGGGAGGAAUGGUGCCUCACGGUGAUUGCGGACCAGACCAUCAUGGAAUGUGUGAUGACUACGGACGGGGGAGAAAUAUGGGUGGCGAUGGGCCAGGGCAACACAAGAAUGCUCUUCGAAGCCCCAAAAGCCCAGGACACGAUAUUGACUGGCAGAAACUACAGCAUCAGUUCUUUGAUGACAAGAAUAUGGACACCGAACUCAGUACACAAGUGAAGUCCCCAUGUUCGGAGAGAGGUGGAUGCCUUCCUCCGCCGCCCUAUGGCGCUUCGCCUCUUCAUAGAUCUGCCUCGGUACCUAUAGCAACUCAAUCCCCGUCACAAGGCACGCCUACGUCUGAAGCGCCGAGAGCCGGAUCAGCUCUAAGCAGCCCCGCCCAUUGCAAGCCACAACACAAACACGAUCCACCAGAGAUAUUGGAGAAAUUGGACGAUGGUGUGUUUGUGCGUACGCUGCAAUGUCUGGCCGCGCAGCGUCAGAAGAACCAACAGAGCAAGGAGCCAAGUUUGAUGCCUGUCCCAUCUCCGCAACAAAUAUCCUAUCUCAACCAAUUCGAAGGCCAAGAGUUGACGAUACAGAAACAGCCGAACACUUCGUUAAAGGACAACGGGCCACCUUCGAAUAGCGGAGGUCAGACACCGCAGUCGAGUUCAAAUCAAAAAUCACCUGCUGGUAUGAUGCCGGGAACGCCAGAGCCGCAUUCAUCGCAUUCGGAGCAACGAGCAGGUCGAUUCUCACUCGAACAGAGCCCCAACUUUAAUAAUCCACAGACACCCAACGCAGGAAACAAGUGUACAGAUGAGAAGUCAAGACCGAGUCCGUCGUCAAAUAGGUCUAAUCAAGAAAGUGCCUCGAAAACCCCACAACGCGAUUCGUCAGGAUUGAACCAGGGACCGUAUGCUGUAUCUUGUGCGAAAAGCAGUUGUGCCGUCACCACUAUGUCACAAGCACACCCCGACGAUUCUAUGUCCUCCAAUACAGAAACGACGUUAUCAGGCGGCCCGAACAGUACGAGUUUACCUGGGCCUUUUCCAGGGCCCUGUAGUAUGAAUAGGCCUGACAACAUUCCCAUCAAUCCCAACCAGGGCCCCAAUGGACCCAUGGGCCCCGCAACGUCCUCCUUUGACCCGAUCUCUUCUUUAGCACAAAUGUCACAACAGUUAACGAAUACGGUCGGGGGUGGGCCUGGCUCGUCAGGGCCAAUGGGGCCCAACGGGUCAGGGAUGGGACCCUUUGGAUCGGGUCCCCAUCAUAUGCAACAUCACCAUUCAAUGCAUCCACAUGGACACCCGCACAUGAUGAUGAAUGAUUUAGGUUGCCAUAUGGAAGGAAUGGGUGGGCCAGGUUUAGGUGGUCCCAUGGAAAGUAUGAUGGGGGGCGGCGACUUUCCCUCAGACAUGAAUCUUAGUCCAAAAAUGGGAGGUGGUCCCAUGGGUGGACCGAUGGGGCCCAUGGGCCCUGAUGCCUCGAUGUUAGGACCACGUAUGAGUGGCGCAGGGAAAAUGCCACCGUUUAAUGGAGCAAAUGUUCAAGUGAAAGCGAGCGCACCUAACACAAUUCAAUACUUGCCGACGAGGCCCCAAAUGCCCUGCAACACUGGUCCCAGGGGCCCUCCCAGUUUAGACUUCUUACAAAGAGUCACAAAUCCUAUGCAAAUGGACAGCAGUAAAGGCGUGCAAUAUUUCCCUGGAGCGAGAGCAAUGGACAUGGAGGGUGGCAUGCGGGGGGUCAUGAGAGCGCCCGGAGGAAUGCUGAGAAUGCCCCACUACCCGGCCGGUUUUAAUUCACCCCCUAAAAUGGCAGGGGACCCCUUCGGCGGGCCGGGCCCUAAUCCGAUGUGUGGCCCCAAUUUCAGAGGAGUGAAGGGUGGCAUGGGUCCCGGGAACGUGAGAAUGGGAGCGGCGCAGCCGUUGCCCCCCUCGAUGGGAGGCCCCAAUCCCGGGUUUAAGGGCCAGGGAUUCGCGGUGCCCUCGACGGCCGACCCGAACUACGCGGCGCAGUUCCACAACUUCCAGCAGCAGCUGUACGCCACGGGCAGUAGGGCAGCGCAGCCGCAUCAGGGCUACCCCCCUUACCAGCCGUCCAAGUGA